AUGGGUCAACUGAAGAAGGAACACAACAGAGUCCAGGCUGCAGGCGGGUCAAACGGCCUCGGAAACGUCAAGGUCAAGGGAGAGAACUUCUACCGUGACGCCAAGGCCGCCAAGCAGGUCCAGCUCCUCAAGGGUGGUCGUGCUACCCGCAACGCCCAGGGCAAGGUCAUCAAGGCCGCCUCCUUCCAGUCCAAGGUCGUCGAGCCCGGUCGUGUCGCCCCCAACCGCAAGUGGUUCGGAAACACCCGUGUCAUCGGCCAGAAGGCCCUCGAGAGCUUCAGGGAGAACCUUGCCGCCAAGGUCAACGAUCCCUUCCAGGUCCUCUUGAGACAGCACAAGCUCCCCAUGUCCCUCCUCCAGGACCCCGUUCACGUCGGCAAGAUGCAUGUGUUGGAGACCGAGCCUUUUAACGACACUUUCGGAAACAAGGCUCAGCGCAAGCGCCCAAAGCUGGCUAUGGGCAAUUUGGAGGAAUUGGCUGCCAAGGUCGAGUCGACUCUCGAGACCUACGAUGAGAAGGCAGAUAAGAACUUGACAGCAAACGUUAUCACAGACUGGAUCGAGGAGGCCAGAGACAGUGUCUUCCAGAAGGGUCAGUCGAAGCGUAUUUGGGGAGAGUUGUACAAGGUUAUCGAUUCCUCGGACGUUGUCAUUCAUGUCUUGGAUGCCCGUGAUCCCCAGGGAACACGUUGCGCCAGUGUCGAGUACCACAUCAAAAAGGAGGCUCGCCACAAGCAGCUGAUCUUUGUUCUUAACAAGUGCGAUCUCGUCCCCACCUGGGUCACCGCCAAAUGGGUCAGGACGCUUUCCAAGGAAUAUCCUACCCUCGCUUUCCACGCCUCGAUCAACAACUCGUUCGGAAAGGGCUCAUUGAUUCAGCUCCUUCGCCAGUUCUCGACACUUCACGCGGACAAGAAGCAGAUCUCGGUCGGUUUCGUCGGUUACCCCAACACUGGAAAGUCUAGCAUCAUCAACACCCUGCGCGGCAAGAAGGUCUGCAACGUCGCCCCUAUCCCCGGAGAGACCAAAGUCUGGCAGUACAUUACUUUGAUGAAGCGUAUCUACUUGAUCGAUUGCCCCGGAGUUGUCCACCCUUCGACCACCGAUACCGAGACAGAUAUUGUCCUCAAGGGAGUUGUCCGUGUUGAGAACAUCAAGCAGCCCGAUGAUUACAUCCCUGAGCUCCUCAAGCGCGUCCGCCCCGAGUACAUUCAGCGCACAUACGAGUUGGACCACUGGGAGGACUCUGUCGACUUUUUAACCCAGCUCGCCAAGCGUACCGGAAAGUUGGUCAAGGGAGGUGAGGCCGAUCUCGGAAGUGUUGCCAAGAUGGUCUUGAACGACUGGUUGCGCGGCAAGAUCCCAUACUUCUGUCCUCCCCCUGAGGGUGACAAGCCCGGUGGAGAGUCGUUGUUCGAGGGAGAGGAGGAUGUCCCCGUCUAUAACAGCAUCGACCCCUCGCUCCCCAACGUCGAGCAGAUCUUCUCCAAGAUCCCUGUCGUGCAAAAGUUCUUGCCUGAUGAUCUUGCCCAGAACGCCGCUUUGCUCGAGGAGGAGAGGAGCAAGAAGGAGAGCAACGCCCCCGAGGGUGUCCUUCCCGAGGAGAUUGAUGAGGACGAUAUCAACAAGACUGACGAUGAGGAUGAGGAUGAGUCGAAGACCGACGCCAAGGUCCGCAAGAGCAAGGCUCAGCUUCGUCAGGAGAAGAAGGCCAAGAAGGAUGCCAAGGCCAAGGCCUCGACUGUCCUCUCUGGCGAGAAGCUCGACUGGGACGAUGUCUUUGCCAACGUUGUUGGUGAGACUGUGGACGCUAUCCCCGGCCAGGCCGCCAAGGACGCCGAGGACGAUGUCGACAGCGAGUUGGAGCUCUCGGACGAGGAGGCUGAGCGCAAGCAGAGGAUCAAGACCCGUGCUGCUGCCAAGCGUACCGCUGCUGCUUCUGGUUUCGAGGUCAAGGGUGCUGCCAAGAAGAAGGCUGUCAACAACAAGAGGAAGCAUGUCGAAGAGACCGAGGAGGUCAAGGAGGUCAAGGAGGUCAAGGAAGAGUCUGCCAAGCCCGUCAAGGAGGCCCGUAUGACCACCAACAAGGGCAAGGUCGGUACCCACUACUACGAGACUGCCAACGUCAAGAACAAGAACCGUAACAAGGUCAAGCCCGAGGAUCCCCACAAGUUGGCCACGAAACUCAGGGACCAGGGCAAGAAGCGUCGUCAGUAA